AUGCUUCCACUUCUUACUAUCUUCUCUCUCGCUCUCACUCUUGUUAACGGAUUGGCCAUUCCCAAAAAUGAAGCCUCUCUUGUCGGCAGAUCAGACCCUGCACCUUUGAAAUUGGACUUCCGGGUGCAAAAAAAUGUCGGCAACAUCUCAGCUCGGUCCUUCUGGAAUGAGGUCCACGCUCUUCGUCACCAAAGCAAGAAGAGAGGCUCGUAUCCGGAGACGCUCAAAGACGUUGAUGAUGUUAGCUAUGUCGUGGACAUUUAUGUUGGUUCCGAUAAGCAAAAAGCCACUGUUGUUUUAGACACUGGUUCCUCUGACCUCUGGAUUUCGCUGCAAGACCUGGGUUCAGGUUCUUACGAUCCACUGUCGUCUUCCGAUUCCCAAGAUACUGGUAAUGCCUUUGAUAUUCUGUACGGAGAUGGAACAACUUCCAAUGGAGAAUAUUACACUGAUUCUUUUAGUUUCAGCUCGACAGGCAACCCAUUGUUGAGUUCUUUCCAACUUGCUUCGACAUCUUCUUCAAUUGAUGGUGCAGCUGGAAUUUUGGGAAUUGGUGACAAAAACACAGAAGCCAGCGAGCAGCAAUAUGAUGACUUACCUUGGGCUUUGCAAAAAGCUGGAAAAACACCAAAGGCUUCUUACUCCUUGUACUUGGGCUCUGGUGACGGUGCUUCUGGCUCGGUGAUCUUUGGAGGAAUUGACACAGAGAAAUAUUCUGGUGAAUUGACUAAGUACCCAGUGGAUACAUCUAACGGACCUGGUUUGUUUGUUAAUGUUGCAACUUUCUCUGUUGAUGGCAAAGAUUUUUCUACUGAUGCUCCAUUCCUCUUGGACUCCGGUACUUCUUUAGGCUUCGUGCCACAAGAUGUGCAAGACUAUUUGGACUCUAUUUUCAACCCUACCAUGGUUCAAGAAGGUGCAAUCACAUACAGGCAAGUGAGUUGUGACCAGCCUACUGACAAGUUCUUCACUUUGGACUUUGGCCAGAACAAGAUCACAUUCUCUUACGCAGAUGCAAUUUCGCAGCAAGACGAAAACACCUGCCUUUUGGGUUUUACCUAUCAUGAUGACACAUACAUCUUGGGUGAUGUGUUUUUGAGGAACGCUUACGUUUACUACGAUCUCACCGAUGGGUCAAUUUCUCUUGCCCAGGCAAAAUACACUUCUGCGUCAAACAUUGUGAGUGCUUGA